AUGAAGAGGGCGCCAGCUACACAUCCUCGCCGGAUAUAUCGAUAUGCUGCAGUCAGUCGCUUGUUGACGCGCCGUUGGACGAGACCGCCAGCCCUGGGGAGGACUGGCACCGCGACGAAUCGCCCGGGAAAAUCUGGAGAUGUCGGGGAAUUACCUAACAGCGCUACCCAAGGAGACAUCCGCAGUCCUCCCAGACGGCGGAACUACCAUUCCGAAAGGCUUAGCGACGCCCAAGAUGAUAUACCGUUGUCGAAAAAAAUGAUCGAAGCUGCCGCCACAGCGUUCGCAAGCAUCGUCGUCCUCGGAACAGGAUUUGGUACCGGCGGGUACUUGUAUCACAAGUUCUACAAGUGGCUAGUUAUCCACAAGAUGGAAGGCGCCUUUAAACCUGGAGAUCCCGUUCUCGAACUUGCGGCAAUAGGCAAGCAAAUCCCAAACUCCAUUACCUCGCCACCGCUAGCUCGAAAAUCAGACGAGCACUGGAUCCUGCGAGACGAGCAGGCCAAGAUAGAUGAUAUCGUUAAUGGAUCUUUAAGGGGUCACUACCAUCUCCUGAUCGGAGAAAAAGGAACAGGCAAAUCAAGCAUGCUGCUGGACGCCAUGCAAAAGGUCGACGGCGAGGGAUGCAGUAUGUUUGAAGCCCACGCCGACCUAGAGAUCUUCCGCACUCGGCUAGGAAAGGCCCUAGACUUCGAGUUUCAUGAGGACUACAUUGGGUCUUACUUCUCUGAACGCGGGCCAAGAGAGAGCACCGCUCUCCUCGACAUUGAACGUGCAUUCAACAAGCUCGAGAAAGUGGCUCUGAAGCGCCGCAAAAAACUCGGUAAACCCUUGAUCGUGAUUAUCAAUUCUGUGCAUCUCCUCCGCGACAACGACGACGGUCGGGAUCUCCUCGAGCUCCUACAGCAGCGAGCUGAACAAUGGGCAGCCAGUAACCUCGUGACGAUGGUCUUCAACAGCGAUGACUACUGGGUCUAUGAACGGAUGAAGCAACUCGCUACCCGAAUGGAAAUCACUUCCGUUACGGAUCUGCCUAAGAACCAAGCCAUAUCCGCGUUGUCCCGAUACAGACUCAAAUACUUCAGCGAGAAGCCCGACAAGAAAAUCAUGGACGAAGUCUACGACCGGGUAGGCGGCCGCCUCACCUUCCUCAACCGCGUCGCCAAGAGCAGAGAUAUGCUCGAGACAUGCGAUGCCAUUAUCGAUACCGAGAAGCGCUGGUUUUUGAACCAGUGCUGGAUCCUUGGCACUGAAAUGGACGACGACGUGAUGGAUCAACAGAAAUAUGCCUCCGCAGCAAUGGUCCUAGCCCAAGCCCUCGUUGCCGCUGAGAAAUCCCAAGACUCACCCUACGCCUUAACCGACGGCUCCCACCUUAUCCCGCAAAUCCCGCUGCACAAAGCGCGUCAAAUCAUGACACGAGCCGACUUUAUCAAAGACUAUGACCACAAUAACUUAUUCACAAUCACAAGCCAGGCGUACGUGCGGGCGGACAGCGUUCCGAUGCAGCGCGCGUUCAGGUCCAUCUGUGAAGAAGAGGGCUUCGACGAACAUCUUCAGAAUACUUUGCAGAGAAUCUCGGACAUCGAGAGUCUUGGUCGCACAAGGGAAAUUGUGGCGAAGGACCUGGUGCUGGGGGGCAAGUAUAAGUUUUCAUUGAAGGAUGGAGAGAAGAAGGGGGAGAAGGUCACGGAGGUAGUGCUGGACAUGCCGCCUGAGGAUGAUAGUGAUGAUGAUGAGAAGAAGUAG